AUGUCGUGGCAGCAGGCUGACAGCCAACUACGCCCAAGACCUCGCCCUUAUAGCGACGUGCCGAGUUUGAUAGUCAGCGAGGCUGGCGAAGACGACGCUAAUGAAGAGACUCCCCUUUUUGGUAGACGUGCUUCGAGACGAGCAUCGGCCUACAAGACUCUGGACGGCGCUCAAGAUGGUGACGAAGAUGACGAAGACAUUGAGAGCCAACGGCUACCGCGUGUCAAGUCAUGGCAGACGCUGCAGCACGCCUAUCCCUCAUUGCGGAAGGUGGCGGCUGAUGGAUACCGCAUUGCCACGCAUCCCAAAGAGUGGGACAUGCAGCAGGUCUUCAAGACGGUUGUUAUCAAACCUGCGCUGGUCAUGCCCUCGGUCUUUCUGGGUGUCCUUCUCAAUCUUCUGGAUGCCUUGUCUUAUGGAAUUAUUCUUUUUCCUCUCGGUGAGGAAGUCUUCUCCAGCAUGGGUGCUGACGGUGUCUCAAUGUUCUAUGUCAGUUGCAUCACUGCUCAAUUGACUUAUUCCAGUGGUAGCAUCUUCAGCGGAGGUGUUGGCUCCGAGAUGAUUGAGGUUGUGCCUUUCUUCCAUAAGAUGACCUACAUGAUCAUGUCGCGCAUGGGGACCGGCAAUCCUGAUGCUCUGAGAGCCACCGUCAUCACUUCUUAUGCAAUGAGCUCUAUCCUUACCGGUUUCGUCUUUCUUGGUCUUGGUGCUGCCAGAUUGGGCACGCUUGUCAACUUCUUCCCUCACAGUAUUCUUACUGGCUGUAUCGGAGGCGUUGGCAUUUUCUUGUUUGUCACUGGAAUUGAAGUCUCGGCAAGAUUGGAUGGCAACCUCGAGUUCACCUCAGCCGUCCUCCACAAGCUCUUCCAAGCAGACACGAUUGUGCUCUGGCUGCCUCCUCUUUUCCUGGCUAUUCUUUUGUUGACCGUCAAGCAUUACUAUGACAGACCAUGGCUUGUUCCUGCAUACUACAUUGCCAUCACCGCCAUCUUCUACAUCGUGGUCGCUGCAGUACCCAACCUCGGCAUGGACACACUGCGCCGUAAAGGCUGGGUGUUUGAUGCUCCGGAAGCUGGUCUGCCAUUUUACAACUUCUACAGCCACUACAAGUUCCAUCUUGUGGACUGGAAGGCAAUCUGGAUGACCGUGCCUACUCAGUUCGCCCUUACCUUUUUCGGUAUUUUGCACGUUCCCAUCAACGUACCCAACCUGGCUAUCGUUGUGCAAGAAGACAAUGUCAGCGUCAACAGAGAAUUGAUCAUGCACGGCAUUUCGAACACUCUUUCUGGUUGCGUUGGUAGCAUUCAAAACUACCUAGCCUUUGUCAACAGUGUACUCUUCAUCGAGACUGGUGGCAACAGCCGUCUUGCUGGUUACAUGUUGACUCUUGCUACUUUCGGUCUCCUCGUUGCCGGCCCCGUCGUCAUCGGUUAUGUGCCGGUCAUGGUUGUCGGAACCUUGAUUUAUAUGCUUGGCAUUGACCUUGCACAAGAAGCUAUUUGGGCUACCUACGGAAGAUUGCACCGUCUGGAGUAUGCUACCAUUGUCAUCAUCUCGUUGGUCAUGGGUGCCUAUGACUUCGUCGUCGGUAUUGCUGUUGGUAUUGGUCUCGCUUGUCUGGUGUAUGUUGUGCAGACAUCACGCAAGACCGUCAUUCGUGCCGAAUUUUCGGGUGCAGUGGCUGAGUCGACUGUACGCCGUCACCCCCGUCAGCGUGAGUACCUCCAUAGGGUUGGUCCUCAGAUCCGCGUUGUCAAAUUGGGUGGUUAUCUCUUCUUUGGCAGUAUCGUCAAGGUUGAGAAAAAGGUCAGAGCUCUGAUAGAAGCAGAGGCUUUCGCCGCAGAACCAAUCCGCUAUCUUAUCCUGGACUUCUCACAUGUCGCCGGCAUCGACUUUUCGGCAGCCGAGGCGUUCAACCGCAUGAACCGUAUCCUACACCGUCGCGACGUAAUGCUAGCUCUAGCUGGUGUGAGCCUCGAUGGUGAAAUUGGCAGGAGUCUCCAGAUGGUUGGCCUUUUCGAAGACCCAGUAGAGGACUCCACCAUCCCACCUCCAAAAGUUUUUGAAGACCUUAAUGGUGCGCUUGAAGCUUGCGAGAACGAAAUGCUUGUCAUUCUUUCCGACAAGCAACGCAUAGAAGCUAUGAAUCAGCAAAAGGAAGCUUCUGCCGAAAACAUUGACAUUCCCUCAAACCUAGCCAUCCAGACACCUGCCUCAAUCGAUAUGAAUGUAGGCUCGCCUCGACGGAACUUCCUACACCAGGCUGCCACGACGACGCUGGCAUCUAGUCAAGGACCAAACGGUGAUAGCAACCGCUGGAAGCACUUUAAGCAACCGCUACCUCUGAUUUUGCAAUCGUUCCAAGGCCUCACGACACGCAACGAAGACUUCUGGUUCCGCGCUGUGUCUUUCUUUGAGGCUCGCAGCUACCCAGCAGGCAAGAUUCUCUACUCACGCGGCGACAGACCUGAUGGCUUCUACCUUCUCCAGUCCGGUAUCUUGCGCGCAGAGUACGACCUCGAUCAGGGAAGCUACCAUGAGAGCAUCGUCUCGGGCACAACCUGUGGCGAGCUACCUUUCUUCUCUGAAACGGCACGAACGAGCACUGUCAUGGCGGAAAUGGAUUGCGAAGCUUGGCUACUGACACUCGAGGCUUGGGAGAGAAUGCAAGAGAAAGAGCCAGAAGUGGCCAAGGAGAUUCUGAAGGUUGGCAUGAAGUUGAGUGCCGAGAGGAUGAACGCCAUUACCUCGUAA